GCGAUGUUUAUAGCGUGCACUGCAGCGAGAGUCACCGGCUCGCGGCCUGAGCCGAGCAUGUUGGGAGCCAACUGGGCGCCGGCGGCGUUGCUGCUGCUCCUGGCCGCCGCCGCCACCGUCGCCGCCGCCGACGAGCCGCUGGAGGACGAGGUCGAGAGUGCACCGUUUGCGAUAGUGGUGGAGCAUGAGGACGGGUGGCGCUGCGGCGGCGCGCUGGUGACGCUGCGCGCGGCGCUGAGCACGGCGACGUGCGCGCGCGGCCGCGGCGCGCCGCCCGCCGACCUGUGGGCGCGCGCGCCCGGCGCCACCGCUGCGGAAGGCGCACGACGUGUCGCGCGCAUCGCGCUCGCUAUUGACUCACAGGGUUUAUCCGAGAACAUGAAGUGGACAGAAGAGGCGUGGAUCGGCGUCGUCCUGGACAUGGCGCUGCUGGAGCUGGAGGCGCCGUUCGGCGCGGCGGCCGGCGCGCGGCCCAUCCUCAUGGCGGCCGGCGACGACUGCGAGCCGCGCGGCUCCGCGCCCGCCUGCCAUGUGGUGCGCACGCCCCAGCGCGCCGGCGGCGCGCUGCGCGUCGGCAACGCCGAGCGCGCCUCGCCCAUGGUCUGCGCCACCGUCGCGCCGCACUGGGCCGCCAUCUCCGACACGGCGCUUUGUCUCGUUGGGCCUGAGUUCUGCCAGAGCGACUGGGGCGUGGGCGUGGUGUGCGCGGGCAAGCUGUGCGGCGUGCUGUCGCGGUCGGCGCGCAGCCCAGGCGAGAGCGGCGAGAACAGCAGCGAGAGCGGCGGCGAGAGCGGCGGCGGCGGCGGCGGCGGCGGCGGCGCGGGCUGCGGCGACACGCACGCGGCGCUGCUCGUGCCACGCUGGCAGCAGUUCGUGCACUGCGCGCAGACGCGGCGCCAUUGCGGCCGCGAUAGUUGCGCGUCGGUGUGCAGCGAGCGCAUGCUGCUUAAUGCACCGGUCAAGGAGGAAGGGGGCCUGACGCGGCCCAACGGCAAGCAUCACGCGCGCCACCGCUCCACCACCGCCGCCACCGCGCCGGAAGCAUUUUGCUCCGACAACCACGUUCUGUUCUACGAGGCACUCGAAAACCUAUAUUAUGUAGAAGUUCAGGAGCAUCUACAAGAUUAUUAA